AUGGCGCGCUACACACGGGAAACCUCGCCUUGGAAGAAGCGCGUUCUGCUUCCGAUCUGGAUCCUUCGCGAUGGGCUGACGAUAAUCAUCAUCGCCAUGUACGCCUUUAUCCUCGCCGUCUUGAUCAAGGAUCCGAGCGACGAGCUCUACGAAGACUAUGACGACAGCGCAGUCAACGCGGCAAAGGCUGUCGUUGCCGUAUUCAUGACGCUAUUCAUCGUCUCGCUCCUCCUUGACAUCUGGUGCAUGGUCCAAUACGUGCGCCACUCGCUGAGCCCGCGCACCUUCCUGAUCAUCAACACCCUGCAACUGCUCUUCUGGAUCGCCAUCGUCGUGCUGCAGUUCAUCGGCAACGCCUCCUACGGCCGCGUCUACGUGGGCAUCUUCGGCAUCGCCGCCUUGCUCCUCUACAUCAGCCUCUUCAUCUACGCCUGCACCGUCUUCCGCCGCGACCGCAAUCUGCGCGCGUCCAACUCGGGCCACUACGCGCCGGCGGCCAACCCGAUCAACAACCAGCUGUCGGCGCAGGAAUACGGGCAGACGAGUUACGCCGGACCGUACAACCAGCCACCAGUCCACGGCGUCCCCUUGUACGACAGCAGAGGCGCCGACGAGGAGCUCAAGCCCGUGCAGCACCAGCAGUAUGCGCAGUACCGUUGA